AUGCGCAGCGGGCGGAGCCUGCGGAAGUCCUGACGGGAAGGUCUUUUUGUUUGGGCCGCUGAGAGUCUCGUCACUUGGUUUUGAUUCCCCUGGUUCACAACCGUUUUUUAUCUGCAUUAAUUUCGGUGAGUCUCGGUCUUUUCACCUUCCUCACGCUGUCUUACCCCUUAAGCUUCUUCUAAAUAGGAUAAAUCGUCGUGUUAUUGUGUGUUUUAUGGUAUUUUUGACGGGCGCCGCUGGAGGGCGAAUUCAGGUUUUCUCUGGAUAAGCUAGCUCACUUAGCGUUAGCCGCUUUAGCGCUCACUGACUUCAACUGUACAGCGUAAAGAAUUAAAAAUAUUAUGAUGACACUUCGAGAAUCAGCUCAGUUUGAUUGAUCUUUAUCGUAUUGUAGUGGUUUUCAGUGAGUCAGCGGUGUUUUAGUUGAAUUUAAAGAGAUUUUAUUGGUCGGUUAGCAGGCCCGGCUGACGACCAUCAGCUCGGCGCAUGGUGAGGCCCGGAGUUAGCCGGAGCUAACCUAUAGUUAGCCCGCUGGAGGUGGGAAAAUCUCUCUGUGUUCGUGUUGAUACUUAUGAUUCACCUCCAAAGUAUAUUUCAUUAAAACUAAAUUCGGAACGAUACUGUAAAUAAAAGCUGAACCCCCAGUUUCUGGCGUUAAUCCCAGGUGGUUCGGUAGUUCCUCCUCUUACAGUCUUUGUCUGCCUUCGCUUUGGCAUGGGGAGUAAUUACAACGGGUGACUGUGAUUUAACACUGAUUUCGCAGUUUAUUCUAGGAUAGACUUAAUUUAUUUUAACAGACAUGUUAACUCAAUGCCUCAAUCAGCUUUUAAAAUAACUAAAUUUACGUGGUUUUGUCUGUAUGAUUUCUGAAGGCCUUUCAUAAGGAGCGGAUCAGUGUCAAAAUUUAACAAUAGUUAUUAAGUUUGUCCAAAGGAAUACUUAAUAAAGCUUUAGGGGAAAAUUACAAUAUUAAAGCCUCACAUUAACAUCUUUAAAAGAAGCCCAUUGUGUGAUUUUUAUCACUAUAUUAAGCGUUUAAUAAAUCUUUUACUUUUAAUUGUGUUUACGACCCUUUCGAGUUCACAAAAAGCUCACAGGUCUGAGGAGAUGUAGAUCUUAAAACUGCAGGAGAAUCCAAAAUUUCCAAAUUGUUCCUCACUGUUUUUUUUUUUUUUAUCUUCAUCUCAGAUCUGUCCCAUUUUUUUGGCUUGUUUCUCAUGAACAUCCUGUGUUUUAGUGACUGGUAAUAAUAGCAGGAACAAGGGUUUAAGGUAAACAUAAAAUAAUCAAACUUUAUUGUGCAGGAAAGAGAUUUGUCAACCACUCUGGAGUUAUUUUAUGUGACCAAAAUGAGCUGUGUGUUUAAUAUUAUGCAGAAUUAAGCAGCAGAAAACAAACUCACAGCUUUUGUCUCAAAGAUUUGCUGUCAGAUUUGAGUAAUGUCAAGUGUUGAUGGUAAACUUGUGAUACCGCCUUGGAUCCCUCCCAAGUUACACCCAACCGUUGGCAGAAGAACGUGUAAUUAAAGUACAGGCUUUGUCCUCUUCACUCAAGAGUCAACGUGCAGCCUGUCAGUGCCAACCUGAGUAAAUAUUAACUCUGUUUUUAUCCUUUCAGGGUGUCUUUUAUGAAUAAUCAAAAGCAGCAAAAGCCAACGCUAACCGGCCAGCGUUUCAAAACGAGGAAAAGAGGUUCGUCUUCAUUGUUUCAUGUUUUCUACUUUGUGUUUUAAAGAUCUGAAAUCUUCCUGGUUCUUUUUUACCCCACUAAGUUCAGUGUGUUUUCUCUCCCCCCACAGAUGAAAAGGAGAGAUUUGACCCUACUCAGUUUCAAGAAAGUAUCGUACAAGGCUUGAACCAAACUGGCACUGAUUUGGAAGCGGUUGCGAAGUUCCUUGAUGCCUCUGGCGCCAAGCUUGACUACCGCCGAUAUGCAGAGACACUCUUUGACAUCCUGGUGGCCGGUGGAAUGCUGGGUGAGUUGUCUUAAAACGCACCAUCCGUAAGCAUGUAUUUUUCAUCGAACAGGGAGACAAUCCACAUCACCUUAUUAAUUGACAUGACUGUUUUUACUUUUCUCCUCUUCAGCCCCAGGCGGUACUCUAUCUGAUGACAUGACCCGCACUGAGUACUGCCUCUUCACGGCACAAGAAGACCUGGAGACCAUGCAAGCAUAUGCUCAGGUAGGACACAUGUUUAUACUGUUUUCUUAUCACUUCCUAAAUAACAGCCAAAGUUUACAGCCAUCUGGGUUCACAUUCCUUCAUUCACAUAAUACGUUAACAAAGAAGUCACAAUAAAUUGACUUUAAUGUGGUUAUACUUUUCUAACUUUCAGGUUUUUAACAAGCUGAUCAGGCGUUACAAGUACCUGGAGAAGGGUUUCGAAGAGGAGAUCAAGAAGGUGAGUGUGUUUUCAACAUGACGUCUUAUUUUGUGCGUGUGUGUGUGUCGCAGGACUUGUUUUGAGCUCCGCAGUCUGAUUAUUUUCUGGCAAGCCGGUUAAACACGUCCAACAACAGCUGUCAGCGUGUUUAUUUAAGCCGACACACAGACUUGCACUUGCUUGGUGAUUUAACGAUAAUUCCACAGGGCUGACAAAGCCAAGAGUGGCAGUUAAGUUCACGGCCACAAAGACAGCAGAUUUAAAUUUGUUUAACAACAAGAGGCACCACAGAUCAGAGGAGAAAAGAUCUCCGACCGUCUGCUCUACGGAAACUUUGUCACUUUUUCUCAUGAUUUGUAAUUCUGGUUUUUCUUUUCUGUCUUUAGUUGCUGCUGUUCCUAAAGGGGUUCACCGAGUCUGAGCGCAACAAGCUGGCCAUGCUGACUGGCAUCCUGCUGGCCAACGGCAACAUAUCAGCCUCUAUCCUGAACAGCCUCUUCAACGAGAACCUCGUCAAAGAAGGUGAGAACAACCCCCCAGAAAACCUGAUCUUUCCUUUCUGUAAAAAUGAAACGAUAAUAAAAACACGUUUCUUUAUUUUCAGGAGUAUCCGCAGCCUUUGCCGUUAAGCUGUUCUCAACUUGGAUCAAUGAGAAGGACAUCAACUCAGUUGCUGGCAGUCUCCGCAAAGUCGGCAUGGACAACAGGCUGAUGGUAAGGACCUGUUUUUAUCUGUGUCUGAAAAAUCAUCUGGAUUCCUUUGAACGACCUCCGUAGAGGUCCCUCCAUCCUCUUACAGAUAUUCGCAGCAGCUGCAUGUGAACUUUAAAUAUCUCUGCCCCACAGGAGCUCUUUCCUGCCAACAAACGGAGCUGCGAGCAUUUUUCUAAGUAUUUCACCGACGCCGGGCUGAAGGAGCUGUCCGACUUUGCCCGCAACCAGCAAUCCAUUGGCGCCCGCAAGGAGCUGCAGAAGGAGCUCCAGGAGCAGAUGUCCCGUGGUGACCCUCAGAAGGAGGUGAGAUUGCUGCUUCGGGUCAUGGUUUGAACCACUUCCUGUUAUUGUGGGAGUAUAAAACCAGAAACUCCAAAAGCACUGUUCAAGUUAAGAAGAAUUAAAUGUAGAGGAAUCUUGUUAGUCAGCUUGUUCUUACACAGGAGUGGGUGUUUUUUUCUUUUUUUGCAUGCAAAGCAAUCUGCAGGAGAUAAACAUGAGAGCAGAUAGUCUUUGUUAUCAGGUCCAGAUUUUUGUACUUUGAUUACACAGUUGGAUAUCGUUCAGGAGGUGCAGGUGUGAUUCUUUACUUCCUCAUUGUCCUCUUUGGUAACAGAUUUAUCGCCUUCAUUUUACCACUUCCCCUGUUGCCAUGUUGCAUAAUUUUGUUUGUAGCUGACGCACCAAGAGCUCGUGCUGUAAGUGCUUAACCGUGCAGUAACAAAGGGGGCUGCACAGUGAGUCAUGCAGUUGAAGUGAUUUAUUAGAGGCCUGAUGGUAACAGUUUUAUAAGCACCGAUCACAGAUUUCACUUUUUUUACUCGAGUGCUUGUCAGUGUGAGUUUUUGGUUGUUUGGAGGCCCCUCUCAUCCUGCUGUGUUUGUCCUUCAGAUUAUCGCCUUCACCAAAGAGGAGAUGAAAAAGUCCAACCUCUCUGAACAGACCAUGAUCAGCAUCAUCUGGACCAGCGUGAUGAGCUGCGUGGAAUGGAACAAGAAGGAGGAGCUGGUUACCGAACAAGCCAUCAAACACUUGAAGGUACGUGUGAGGAAAUUUCCAGGUGUGAAAUACAGUUUUCAACAAACGCUGCAAUCCACUGAGUGCAUUAGGCAACGAGGAAUGAACCUGGCAGAUGUGACUGCAGGUCCUGGCAGGUCUGGAAAUGUUUGAACAUAAAGGUCCUGCAUGUUAUAUUAAGUGCUGUAUCAGCAACAGAGAUGAAGUAGUCAGACUGUCUGUUAAACUUGAGGGAAAAAUGUGAGAUAUGGAACUGUGCCAUUAAAAUCCAGCAAGUUUUCUACAUGCAAAGCAGAAUAAAUGAAAAAAAACAGGUGCUCUGUGGGUCAUUACAACAAAGUUUCAGGUUUCUGUUCUGAUUCGCAGCUACACUCUCCUCGUGUUUGCACAGACUGUCACUUUGUGCAGCAGCUGGAUCACAAUAAUAACUCCUGUGGUGGACGAGGUAAUGCCAAAUCUCUUGAGUGCAGACAGCCUCCAAUUAUCCCGCCCAGUUCAAGAAUAAAAUCCGCUGCAAACUUCAUGUUUUCACCCUGAAGUAAUCCUGCUGCUUUGGUGAAAUUAAACCUCUGUGAGAUUAUCAUGGAAGGAGUGAAAGUAGAUUAAGAGAGGGACAAGAAAGAGCUUUGACAUGAAGUCUCGAUCCUGCUGCAAAUAAAACACCUGAACAUGCAUCUAACGUAGCUUCAUCCUGCCUUCUUCUUUCUGCAGCAAUACAGCCUCCUGCUGAAAGCCUUCACCUCCCAGGGUCUGUCUGAGCUCAGUCUGCUGCUGAAGAUCCAGGAGUACUGCUAUGACAACAUUCACUUCAUGAAGGCCUUUCAAAAGAUCGUGGUGCUGCUCUAUAAAGGUCAGUGUCAUAUUCAGCCUCAGCCAUCCCUGAUUCAACACAGACUGUCCUCUCAGAGCGCCUCAUUGGGGUCGUUUUCUAACAUUGAACCUCAGUGUUUCCAUCCCAGUGCUCAGCUGCACUUUGAUAAAACAGAAAAUCAGGACUGAUUAGAUUUCAACACGUUUUCAGAUCCUGAUACUGAGAUUUUCUAAAAUUCUACUGAGAAGUGAGAGGCUGUUUUUAUUUGAAGGAAUGUGCAGCAUCUGUUCUCUGUCAUUAAAAGUGCUUUAAAGCUGAAUGAAGUCUUAGAAACUGAAGUAAAAGCAGUCCUUCUGAAGCGUCAGUUCAGAUAAUUUCUUUUUAUAUCAGGUCCUGGAGAUUAUAUUUGAUGUAACAUUAGCACGGCUCUGACACUCUGCUCUCUGCCUUCAAACAGCGGAUGUAUUAAGCGAAGAGGCCAUACUGAAGUGGUACAACGAGGCCCACCUUGCCAAGGGGAAGAGCUUUUUCCUCGAGCAGAUGAAAAAAUUUGUGGAGUGGCUGAAAAACGCCGAGGAAGGUAAAAGCAAAAGCACACGACACCCACAUCCGCUCACCCCGAGGUGGUAAAUGUUUCUCUGCAGAUAAUCUGACAUGUCAAAGCAGGAGAAAUUCUGCUCUCGCUCGUUUCCAUUUCAGUUCCAAAGAAGCAAAAGAAACACGAUGACGAAACCAAAAUGUUGUGACAGCUGAAGUCUUGAUGAUGACUGUAGGGCAGUGACAGUUUUGAAGGGUUUAUUUAGGAUUUCUGUUUUUAAAAGGACUCUUUUAAAAAGGUGCAAAUCACAAAAUUAUCUUAGAUUGAGAGAGAACCUUUUAGUUUCAGGAAAUGUGUCUUUUAUAAGAUGACAAAUCCAGGGGUUGUAAUGAUGGACGGUGGUGAACAUAUGAGAUAUGUAAAAGAGCCUGGAUAUAUAUAUUUUCAAAUAAAUCACAUUUGAGCUAUUUACAGUUCCUCUGCUGUGGAAAACAGUUUUUUCCCUCCUCUGGGUCUUUUUAAAAGGUCUUAAAAGGUCUGAAAUUGAACUGCAGCAGCUCUGAAAUGGUCAAAACGAGUAAAUGUCUGCUCAUCAGUAAUUAAUCAAAAACAUCCAGACUGUUUUUGACGUAACAGAAAACCUGAGAAAUGGUUUUAGUCGUUCUGAUCAGGUUCUUUAACUUUUGGGUAGUUUAAUGAAGAUUUUUUUUUGCUCUAAUUUCAAGUGAAAAAACUUAAAAUAACCCCAGUUUGAUCCUCACAAAAGCUUUGGGUCCAAAUGUAGCCCACUUUAAUCAGUUUUAGUUUGAGCAGCGUGUGAUAGUGAAAGGUUUUAGUGUCAUAACUAAACUUCCAGUGAUCACUUUGUUGACAAUCAUGUUUUUUUCUGUCCUGCAGAGUCUGAAUCUGAAGAGGAGGAGACAGACUAAAAACCUCUGCCGCCAGAUGAGCUGUUUUCUUUUUCUUUUUUUUUUCUUUUUUAUAAGUAGCAGCAGGAGCAGUAAAAUGUGUUUCCCUUCUUUCUAUUCUACCUCCUGUUACUUAUUCUUUAUUCCCCCAAACAGACACAUUUUUCCUCCAUUUCAAAACAUCUAAAUGUUAUUUUUCUCAAUGAGAAGGGCUCGGUCCUGAUUCCUAACCUGUUUGGAUCAUGUGGUAAAAGAGAAAUACUCCCCUCUUUAUUUUUGGAUACUAUUAUUGUUGUAAUUUGGAUAAAAAAAGAUUCCAUGUGAUCUCGAAGGUCCCUGCAGUCCGACGGACAAAUCUGAACCCAGAUUUGUGUCUAAGUCGCCUUUUUGCCAAGCGACUGGGAUGAAAAAUAUUUUGCCAAAGUGUAUUUUUCUGAAUUUUAUCUCCCACUCUCGAGUCUUUAUGAUUUCGCCCAGCUCAUGUUUCAGCUCCUGUUGGGUCUUAAACUUAAACGCCUUCUCUCUUGACUUUCGGGUAAACCUGUACCGCGUGUCGAGUUCGGUUCGUCAGAAGACACGCCCCCCUCCGUAAGAUGCCUCGCCAGCUAACGGAUUAUUAUUGGUUUCUACUUUCUUUAAUCUGAUAUAAACCGAUUGACUUUUUUAUGAAAUAAAGAUUAUUGAAAUGUUGCUGCUGUGUCGUUUGUUUUAUUUCACGCUGUAAAGAAACUCAGGUGAUGCAGGUAAAUAUCACACCUUUGAUCUCAGAGUAAGUAAAGUGUAAACUGAUCCCUACCUUUGAUGGAGGAAGUCUUUCUUUAAACAUUCAGAAUAAGCUGAUGUUUAUGAAGAGAAAAGCAUGUCUAAUUUAUGCUUUCUUAGGGCCUCUCACCUCCCCUGAACCCUGAAAAUGUCCCCUGCCCACCAUCAGUGAAGAUCCUCACACCCCCUGAAUGCACCUCGAGGAAAGAGGCGGCGUCCAAAAAAGGUUAAAGAGGUGACUUCUCACACAGCCGAACUCUGCAGUACAACAGCAAUCAGUGUAGAAACGAGACAGACGUUUAGAUUUUUAUUGUACAAAAAUACAUUUUUCUUCAAGCAGCCUUCAGUAUCUGUGAUGUGCAAAGGACACAGUUGUCAGGUAUUCAAGUUUAUACAGUCAUGUUACACAUUAGAUUUAGAGGUAGGCCUUCAUAUCUCGAACAGGUUUGAGGUAGUGUGCAACAUUUCCCUGUGAUGGUCGUGAACCACACAUGCUGCAGAAGUAAAUAUUAAGGGAUCAGGAAACCAAACGCUUCAGCCCUUAUUUCCUCAUUCCUGUGCUCUCUAAGUUUCAUGAUUUUUUUUUUAAAGUGAUACAGAGAUUGUGCAACAAUGCAAACGUAAACAAGUCACCACACUGCAAAUAUGUGUAUCAUAACCAAACAGCUGAGAGGUUCACAAAUGAGAGAGUGUCUCUUUCAGUCUGAGGAUCUGAAGUAGAAAUGAAGUGGUUACCUUUGGGGGAAGAUUUGGCUUCAAAAAGGAACAAUUUGGACAUAUUUAGGUUCUACAGGUCUGAUUUGGAUAAAAUGUGAAAACCAUCCAGACUUAUUUUAGUAAAAACAAACCACUCAGAUCCUUUUUCUUUCAUUUCUUUUCAUGCAUCUGCAUGUAAUUGUACUUGUACUAUCUAAAAAGUGUCCUUUGGCCUGCUCUAGGAAAAACUUAAGUGACUGAAAAUGGUUUUCUCUUUCUUUGUCGUGCUUUGCAAAGUGACAGAGAAGUAGGUUAAAUCUGCAGAGGAUUCAGCAAGGCACCAUCUGAACGUAAAGCUUCCAAAAUGACUUUGACUGGUUUCCCCUCGUCCAUGUUUGUCCGUUUUAUCUCUUAGAGUUGUGCAAAGUUUGAGCCUCAGAUUUUUGCACCUAUCCUGGUUAAAUAUUCAUCUUGUUGGGUUUAGUUCAUCUGUUUUUGCUUUGAGGGUUACAGUGCUGUCAGUCAGAGAAAAGAGCGUUUUAAUUCUUUAAGAGAUCACGUUGACUUUUGCAAAGGUGCGGAUUAGCUCGACAGAAACAAAAAUUUAAAGUGUUAGCCUCAGAUAAAGUAGUGCUAGAUGUGUGAUUAAAACCGCAGUCUUUAAGAUGUAAAGAUGAUCCUCACAGUUUGAACUCUUCAUCACUAUCCGGUUAGAGAGGUUAAGGAACCGAUGUGUCUGACUGCACUUGAACGCAGCAUCAGAGCCCUUCAACUGACAGCAACCGCUGCAGUAGCUGCUCUUCAGUUUCCUUCAUGUGACUGAAGGCGGCAAAGCUUUUUUUUAGGCGCUGGGCAUGAGGUCGGGCUGGGGGGGUAGUUUAUACUACUCGUGGGACCAAAAUAGCCCCCCCGUCAGGUGCAACUUUACACACCGGCUCAGGUUACAGCUCAACCAAAACACAGAGGUUCAGAGGCACACAGACGGGCGUGAACAGAAAGUGCUUUUCAGUGUAAAAUCUGUUUGUUUCUCUAGUCUAAUCCAAAAAUAAAUAAUUUAUAUGUAUGUACAAAAUCCUACAGGUGUAAACAACACGGAGGUGGAGUCCUCGUCUGUCUGCAGAGGCUUCACAUCACACUGCAGCUGAGUGUUUCCCUCCAUCUCUGAGCUGUGGAGGCAGAGAAACGGUCAGUUUU